AAAUUCCACCGAUCGGCCAGACCGGAAAAUCUCCAAUCGCCUCCACGUACAGUCCCCUCCCCCCUGCCGCCGCCCACGCAGACGAUUCUCGCCAGCCUCAACGCCGGAUCGCGUACUGUCUGGCCGGAUCGCCCCGCUGCCACCACACUCCUAAGCCGCCAGCCUCUUACUCAUUAGGGUUUGUUUUGGAGUUUAGAUUAGAUUAGAGGUGAUGAUUACCCAUGCCGAUUUUACUGCCAAAUUUCAGCUAAGUGGUUCCGUUCCCAUAUCUCUUCCUUCCACCGACCACCAACCACCGUCAAUGGCACUUGAUUUGCCGAUUGGAUGGGAGCCGUGGACGGCACCGGCGUUGGAGGACCUGCUCCCACGACUCUCCCGUGAGGAGCAGGUACGACUGCACAGUUAUUUGCGCGAGCAUCAGCGUAUCGGCAAGGGGUCCCUCCGCUCCUGCUCUGAAGGGGAGCGUGACUUCAUGAUGAUUCACCAUGUCCGCUACGCUCUCCACCAUUACAAUGCCAGACACCCGGGUGAAGAGUUUGAUGCUGUGAAGUCUCUGAUGGUUGCCGGAGCGUAUUCCAGGGGCCAGGUGUGGUAUCACCUCAACUUCUGGGCUUGCUGCCGCAAGACCAAAAAGAUCAAGCGCUUCUUUGCUGAGGUGCACUACAAGACAGCGUUCAGCGCUCUCACCAACCACCACCGGUUCAAGGAGCUGAGAAGCCACCCAGCAGCACUAGCAGCAGCUCUGUUUACUGGGACCUGCCACCACCAGUCCCAGGAGAGGCCACCCAGCAGCAGCAGCAGCAGCAGUGUCUGCUCGGACCUGCCACCACCAGUCCGAGGAGAUGAGAAGCCACCCAGCAGCAGCAGCAGCAGCACUGUCUGCUCGGACCUGCCACCACCAGUCGGAGGAGAUGAGAAGCCACCCGUCACCAGCUCCGUCUUCUCGCUGCUGUCACCACCAGUCCCAGGAGCUGAGAAGCCCAGCAGCAAUAGCUAGCACCCUAUUCCCAUCGUUGAAACAUGCACCAUCAUGGAAGAGCCUCUUUCCUGUUAGCUGCGCAUUCUGUCCUGGUUACCUAGGCAUUUUGCACCCAAAGGGUCGCAAGUUUGUCUGUGGAAAUGAAAAGGACAGGAUGGUACAAGGGAUCCA